AAAAAGUUACGUGUAUUUGAGAUCUCUGAUCUCACAUUUCACCUAUCUAACCACUAACCCUUGUAGCUUUUUUCAGAUCUCGUAUUUACUCAUCUAGUAUCUGAAGCACCGCCGAAUUGGAGAAGCACCGUCGAACUGGAGAAGCACCACCGCACUGGAGAAGCACCGACGUUCCACACUUGCACCGAUAAAGCCAUCAACCUCGACACCGCAGUUGAUUUUAAAUAUUUGGACUACACUUUUAAUAUGUUUGGUGUUUUUGUAUCAAUUUUGCGUAAAUGUCCAUCUAAUUUUGUGCAGGGAAGAUUUUUUGUUGGGAAUAUGUUCAUUGGAGUUGAUUUUCGUGCUUUUGUUUAUAAUCUCUGGUCACUAAUUUUCUUUUUUCCACUGUUUCGUAUGAUUGCAACCAAGCUCGAUUGAUCAUUUUUUUCUGAUUUGCAGGUGGUUUUAUAUAUUUAGACAAUACUUUUAUUUUAUUUUUGUUUUUUUAUGAAUUUUAGCUAAAGGACCAUUUUUGUGCAGGGAAACAACACAGACUUGUUAGUCAGGAUUAUUUUCAUUGGAGGUGAUUUUCAAGCUUUAGUUUAUCUUCUCUGAUUAGUAUUUUGCUGUUUUUCAUUGUUUUGUAUGAUUGACAUGUUAGAUUAUUGGACUUAUACUACAUGUAAUGUUCACAAUAUAUUAUUUAUCGGGUUUAAUUGUAUGUUAUAUGCUAUCUUAUAUUUAGGCCCAAAAAUUAGUGGUCCUAUGGAUAUUAAUUUAAGUGGGCUAAUAAGUCAUCUAAUAAGGUAUAAGGCCCAAAUGUGUAGAGACCCAUGGGCUUGACCUAAUCAAUGAUGGGCUGAUUAGGGUUAAGCACUCUCUAUAAAUAAGGGGUUAUGGUCCCUAGUUGAGCACGUCAUUCCGUCUUUCUGCAUCCCAUCGCUAGAGAGAUAAUCCCGAGGGUGUGUAUCAACUAGAAGACGCAAACCCUAGACUCCGUCUCCCGGAUCUCUAAAGGUGAUCUCCCAUGGAGUCAGGUACGCUUCCGCUCAGUUAAUUCUCUAGAUAAUUUCAAUAUGAAGAUUAAAGUAUUAUCGGAUUUAUUCCAACAAUUGGUAUCAGAGCCUCCUUCAUAUUGAAUUAUUUGGAGCUAGUAUUAUCUACCGAUUUAUUGAAAUAAGGGUAAUGCGAUUUUGCUUUUAUGCAAUUCGUUCCUGAUAUAUUCACAUAUCAGAUCAGUAGUUAAUCAUUAAGCAAAACGAUUGGAUUUUGCUAAUCAAACGAUCGAUUAGCUCUAUAUUGAAUGGUGUGGUUUGUUGUAUUAUUUCUUUCAGCCGACACUCAAUUGAUUCGAAGCCUGUAAUUUUUUUUUCUCGUUACCGAUCUUGUAGUGCCGUAUAGUUAAUCUUUUGUAUUCUUUUUAUUGGACUAGUCAAUCUUACGAUUGAUGAAUUUUUUGAAAGGUGCAUGAUUCAGUAGCUAAUUUCUCAUAUUCAUUUUGAUUUUUUUUAAAAAAAGGUGGUAAUCGAAAUAUUACUGAAUACGGAGUAUUAUAUUUAGUGAAACCAUGUAUUCAUCUUUGGAAGGUUAUCGAGAUAUAGAAGAAUCAGUGAAAUUUCUUUCGGUUUUUGGUAAUUAAGAUUACCUGUUUUGGUAAUUAAAUACUUAUAUGUAAUUACGGCAGCUACCAGUCCGAUUAGAAUUGCAUAUUUGGAUAUUUCUGAAAUAGAUUACUUUUGUUGGUGAUCAUGAUUUAUGGGUUAAAAAAAAAUAAUAUGUAUUGUAUGUUAUGAGAUGUAUAAACCCUAUUUUGUGAUCGCACAACGAUUGGGUACGGGUUUUACAAAUUAUCGUUAUACAUAACACAUUUACAUGUGAUUCAGAAAAAUUCGCCCAAUUUUAUUUUGAGAUUGUUGAUUUAAUAUUAGCAUGUCUAAUAUUUGGGUUGAUUAAUUGACACAACAUGCUGCCAAAGUAACUUCUCUUGUUGAAAUUAAUUAACUCAUAUAUUAAGAUGAUUGUGUACUUUCUUAUUUUAUGCGGAUAAUAAUUGGCCCAAAGGAAGGUUAUUAUUUGGCCGAAAUUUAAGUACAUUUGUGAUAAUAAAAUUUGUGAUAAUUAUGAGGUUUUCAUGUGAAUAUUAAGUCGGUCCAAAGAAAGGCUUAAUAUUUGACAUGAUUUUAUUAUCGAAAUUUUAUUAUUACACCAAGAGUACCCCACUUGCAAGUCUAAUUUAUGUCCAAAGAUAAGAUUAGAUGUUGCGUUAGGUAUCUUGUGAUGAGGAUUGCUAAUAUUUAAAUUUAAAAUUAAUUAUCAAAUUAAUUUCAGUUCCUAGAGCAUAUCAUUUAUAUUAUUUUUUGUUCUCUUUCAGUCAACAAUUCUGCUGCUACAAUAUCUGCUAAUAUUAAUAGCAUCCUAGUGCUUAACGGCACGAAUUUUAAGGAAUGGAAAGAGAACGUUAUGAUUGUUCUCGGUUGCAUAGAUCUAGACCUUGCACUUCGGACUGAGAAACCCUCCGCUCUUAAGAACACAUCUACCCUUGAUGAAAAGAGGGAGAUGGAGAGGUGGGAACGCUCAAACCGGAUGAGUCUAAUGAUCAUGAAACGUGCAAUUCCAGAAUCAUUCAGGGGCACAAUGUCUGAUGAGGCUGAUGCCAAAUCGUUCCUUGCCGAACUUGAAAAGCGUUUUGCUAAAAACGAAAAGGCGGAAACUAGUACUCUUUUGAGCACUCUUGUUUCCAUGAAGUAUAAAGGCAAAGGGAACAUAAGGGAGUACAUUUUGGAAAUGUCUCACAUUGCUUCAAAACUAAGUGCACUAAAGCUUAUUUUACCUGAGGAAUUCCUUCUCAAUUUAAUCAAUUUAAAGUCAGUUACAACUGCAUUAAGGAGAAAUGGUCUCUCAAUGAGCUCAUUUCUCAUUGUGUUCAAGAGGAAGAGAGAAUAAAGCAAGAUAAGACAGAAAGUGCUCAUUUGGCAUCCACCUCUAAGGCCAGCAAGAAAAGGAAAAUUAAGGAAGCUGCAAAUUCGGGGUCUCCCAGGAAGCAUCACAAGGAAACUAAGGAAGAAACUAAGGAAUCUGGAUGCAUCUUUUGCAAAGGGACUAAUCACAAGAAAAAGAACUGCACUAAGUACCACGCUUGGCGUGCGAAAAAGGGGUUGCCUGAGCUGUCGAAAACCAAUUGAUGGUGAACGAUACAUCUAUUUCGGUGAUGGAAAACGGGUUGAAGUUGAGGCUAUCGGUGUUUUUAGAUUAUUAUUAAAGACUGAUUUUUAUUUGGAUUUGAAAGAGACAUUUGUUGUGUCGUCAUUUAGGCGGAAUUUAAUUUCUAUUUCUGCAUUGGACAAAUUUGGUUAUUCUUGUUCAUUUGGAAAUAGUCAGCUCAGUCUAUUUCAAGAUUCAAAACUUAUUGGUACUGGUCUUUUAUCAGUUUAUGAUAAUCUAUAUUCACUUGAUGUGAAUACCUCAUAUAAUGAAACCUUGCAUGUAAGUACUCGUGG